UGGCUCCCCAACAGCUGCUACUCAGCCCAUUGCCUAUUCCAACCCCUAUGCACUCUCACUAAAGCCCACGCUAUUGAAUGCCUACAAGUGCAUAACCGUCUGCAACUUCCGACAACUGUCGUUGACCUCAUUUCUCACUUGCUAAACCAACUCGCCACUCGACCCAUAAAACAUCGUGCCAAUCCCCCGGUCAACUGA